CCUCCUAUUAAAAAUUUUAAGUAAAGGUUGAACAAUAGAAAAUUGUGUGUUUCGCGUGGAGAAAAAGAAGGAGUUUCAAAAUAAAAUUUCAUUCGUGUCCAUGCCGGAAUCGAUCCCCUGAAAUUUUAAUUUCUGCGUACCCUUUCCGGAUAAGGAGAUUAAAGUAAGUAAUAAUAUAAUAAUAAUAAGUGAAUAAAAAAUACAGAAAUUAUUCUCAAACGAUAGGAAUUUUGAAUAUCCGAAUGUAAGAAGUUAUACCAACAUCAGAAACAGGAACAAUGUCACAUUAUUAUGCUUUUAAACAAAACUAGACCUUAUCAGCUACCUAGACGGUAACAUUUUGAGUAAAUUCUAGUUGAAUUUGAGAUAGGGUAGAGAUGUCCAAACCAAAGUGUCCAAUCAUCCAAUCAUCCGAUAACCAAUAAAUAAUAAACGCGUCGCUUACAAUAAAACAAAUUUCAAUCGAGUAUUUAUUAUGUGUUUUGGCUCCUUGAGGUAUUUCAUGAGUUAUCGUAGUUCAAGGAGAGAAUAUUGAUAUUUAUGAUAAAAGAACAAGAACCACUCGAUUUUUAUCUUAAAUGUUGCUUAUGUAGCGACGUUCACAGUUGUUAUUCGACACUUGCCUGCCGGCUUCCAGUUAGACUGGUGGUUAGGUUACUUUUUAUAAAGUAUUUGAUUUAUACGUAAUAUUACUUACCAUGGCAUACAUAGUAGACUUGCGAUCAGAUACGGUAACAAAGCCAACUGAGGCUAUGAAGCAUGCCAUGGUUAAUUCAGCAUUAGGCGAUGAUGUUUACGGUGAAGAUCCUACGGUAAAUGCCUUGGAAAGCAAGUUAGCAGCUAUGCUGGGGAAGCAGGCGGCCUUGUUCGUACCUUCUGGCACGAUGGCCAAUCUAAUAGCAAUAAUGGUGCACUGCAACAAGCGAGGAUCGGAGGCAUUCGUCGGAAACCAGUCGCAUAUCUUCAAGUAUGAACAAGGUGGUGCAGCUCACGCAGCAGGCGUCCUUCUGUCGACUUUAACCAACAAACCUGAUGGCACCUUCGACCUGCAGGAGCUGGAGAGUAGAAUCCGAGGCACCGACGUACACGAACCUAUCACCUCGCUGGUAGCUGUUGAGAACACCCACAAUUGUUGCGGUGGUAAGAAACCUUCGCAAAAGAAGACGAGGGACCACGACCCUCUCACCUCGCUGGUCUCCGUCGAAAAUACCCACAACUGCUGUGGUGGUAAGGCGUUACCACUGAAGUUUCUUGACGACCUGUCAGCUAUCUGCAAGCGUCACAACAUCCCGCUGCACAUGGAUGGCGCUCGGCUGUUCAACGCCUGCGAGUACCUGAAGGAGGACCCCAGCAGAGUCGUAAGGGAUUGUGACAGCAUCUCCGUCUGCUUCAGCAAGGGUCUGUCAGCCCCUGUCGGCUCCGGACUCGUUGGUUCUUAUCAUUUUAUUGAACAAGCGCGUCGCAUGCGUAAAUUGCUUGGCGGUGGGAUGCGGCAGGCUGGCGUGCUGGCUGCCGCCGCCAUUGUAGCUUUGGACGACGUCGUGCCGCAGCUCAAGCUCGACCAUAAGCGGGCGAAUAUCAUGGCUAAAGUUAUCGAGGGUUUGUUCCUGAAGUCUUUCACAGUGGACGUGGAGGGCCAGCACAGCAAUAUAAUACUCGUGAGGAUCCCGGAGACCAGCUCUCUAACUGCACAGAAGGUGGUGGCGAGGCUUGCACAGGUCUGCCUCGCGGAGACACAGGGCGACUGUAAAACACCAAACGACGAGGGUGUAAUUGUGAAAGCGAUAUACUUUAACAGUAAGACGGUGAGGUUCACCAUACACCGAGAGAUCAACGACGAAGCUCUCUGGCUGGCCAUCAUGAAGAUCACAUACGUGUUCAAGGAGCUAGAUGCAACAGCUUAGAAACUACCAUUCCUUAGCUACCGCUAAUCACGUGGGACUAACGUCCAAACUACCUCUUUUCAAAGACUUCUUGCGCUUGGUAGAUGGCGCUAGCGACGUUUAAUGUCCUGUCAGUCCAUUCUUUGUUAAAUAGCGGUUUUGAGGUUGUUGUUACACUACACCAGCGCUUUUGAUUGUGCAUAAAACUUCAUUUCAACUGACGACUAUGACUUGGGACUGCCUGCCUACUAUGUUUUCUCAACAUUUUCAUCAGUUGCGUGGAUUGCAUGAACUUUGAAAUAUUUGUAAUGAAUGAAUUGAAAUAAAACAUGAACUUUGAUACAACUAAGUUACAAAUACAAUAAACAAUUUGAGUUGAAGUAGGAGCCAUAUCUAUUGGAUAGCAUCCAUAAUAAGUAAAUGUUCGCCUAUGAUGCUAUAUAAAACUUCAUUUAACUGAUGACUAUUACUGGUACCACCUACCUACCUUGAUUUCUUAAUAUUUUCAUCAGUAGUAUGGGUUGCAAACUUAUUGGUAUAACUAAGUUACAAACACGAUUAGAAAAACUUAUUGCGAAGCAAUAGAUUAUUUUUAUUCAACAAACAACUGACAUGCGUUUUAUAGUCCCACGUGCACCAUUUGGUAAAUGUGUUCAUUUGAAAUGAGUCAAUAUACGAAACGUCAAUUUAUGAAUGAGCUCAAUAUAGGUACCUAUUAUUUACAAGUAAUUUUAAUAGACAUUAUAUCUGUGUACAACAGGUGCUAAGUAAUUGUAUUUACUAGAUAGGCUUACGACUCACGGCACAAUUUUCUCCCGCGCCCUUGCAGUUGCGGGCUCGCCCCUUUGUAGAAUACAGUGUAUAUAAAAAACUGAAACCAAUUUUCACGGCGCGUUUUACGCCCCGACGGUUGCGAUUGUUUGUCGGUUGGUAGGUGAUAGCAAAGGGACGACCGGUUCGGAACUCUACUGAUUGUUUAACUACCCGCCUGUCUUGCAACUACGGGACCGCAGAAAACUGCGAUCUAGUGAGUUUUGAAAAUUCCGCCUUAUUCUGCCACCGGGGCGGGCGCGGAAGGAGAUCGCACCGUGAAUCCUUAGCCUUAGACUGUGUCGCGGAGAACCUAACGGGUAACCGGGUCCCGGCUCGACGUGCAGGAGAAGGAACGGGGUGGUUUUUAGUCAG